CUGUGUUGGACGGCUAGUUGGGCACAGGUAAAGCAGCUCUGUCACUUGGUGCGCCCUGGGUGAUUUUGAAAACGCCGUUUAUGCGCGCGUCAGGGCGCAGAAGUAAAUGAAGCAUUCAAGGUGCCUGCUGUGUGGGGUCUGACAUUUUCAAAUUUCAACCAUAUCCGUCCACGAGCCUAUAUAUACACCUCCUGCAUGUGCUAGAGGGGCACACCAAGCAUCAUGUCGAGCUCGUCUUCAGCUGGUUCAGACAACAGAGGUAGCACCGAAACAAUUCAGCGCGAGGUGCGUGCCGUUAGUACAGAAGGACAGCUUGCGCGACAGGGUGUUGCUCCACCUCAGAACGAUUGUAAAGCGCGUCGCGGAGACAUCGGAGGUGAGACUGAAGAAGGCGUGGCAGCCGAAAAUGCAGAAGUUUACGAUUUAACUGAAGGGUGGGGCGAGAACGACCCUGCUGAAUGUGAAGAGUUGCUGCAGGAGAUAGAACCUGAACCUGCUGGGCAUCGACUGUUCCACGCUGUAGCAUACACGUGCGCGUGGGCUUCAUGGGACGACGACGAUGAGGUCGACAGCGUUGCAUGUAAAAGGCCGAAACUGUGUUAAGGCCCAAUGGGCCUGCGGUGGGAACCGGUUUGCAUGUGCCCAGGUGUAUGCCGCUUCUGUUGCUAAAAAAAAGGUGUAUGCCGCUUGUAAGAGCUGGGAAUAAAAUGAUGUUACCCGUUAGCCUGGACUCUAAAUCACAUCCCGAGCUAUUUUAUGAAUGAGAGUGUGGUGAUAUAUUA